AGAAUCGGUGGCAUUAGAUACCACUGGAUUCAAGCGGACGAUUCGCCACACGAAGACCUCUUGACUCACUUUCCGGAGGCGUAUGACAUCAUUGACAAGUGUGUGGUGUCGGGCACCGGGAUUCUGAUGCACUGUAUGGCAGGUGUGUCCCAAUCGACGACAAUAGUCUGCUCUUAUCUGAUGAAAAAGCGGCGGAAGACGUACGAAGAGAUCCAUUCGUUAGUUCAGUGCCGGCGUCCCAUCAUUUCGCCAAACCAUGGAUUUGUGGCUCAGUUGGGGUUAUGGGAAGGGAUGGGCUUUCGGUUGGACGCAAACAACAAGCAGUUCCGACAUUAUAUGAGAGAAAUGUAUUCAUUGCAUACCUUUCCCGUCAAAAAGAUGGACCAAUACUUCCCGAGACUCGAUGGCCGAGAGUACUACCCGUCCGUUGAAUUUAGGCAAACAGUAUGUCUGACGAUUCUUAACGUUUGA